AUGUCACAAUCCCCUCCCCCCUGUUUUGCGAUGGAAACAGCAGGCAUGGCGGCUGAGCUGCUCUCACACCUCCCCUUGCCCGCCUCGCCGCUCUCCCUCGCCCUCACGGCCGUCGUGGCUCUGCUGCUGCUGCGCGUGCUGCUCGUGCUGCACGCCGUGGCGCGGCCGCACCGCAAGAGGCCUCCUGGCGACCACCUUUCCACGCUCAUCGUGCUGGGCUCAGGUGCUCAUCGUGCUGCGCUCAGGUGCUUAUCGUGCUGGGCUCAGGUGCUUAUCGUGCUGGGCUCAGGUGCUUAUCGUGCUGGGCUCAGGUGCUUAUCGUGCUUGGCUCAGGUUCUUAUCGUGCUGGGCUCAGGUGCUCACAUUCGCACUCCCCCUUGCUCCCCUCCCCCGUUCUCCACUACACAUGCAUCUUUUCCUCCCCCCCCACAUCACCUUCCGCCCUCACGCUCGUUUUCCAACCUCACUGCCGCUUCAGCAGCUCGUGUUUCAUGCAGCCGCGCAGCACCGUUGCUCCACACAAUCCUUGCUGCGCUGCACCCUGUGCCCUUUCUUUCUCCCCACACACAGGCAACCCCUUUUCGCACGCCAUACAAGUUUCACCCCCCCUGCUUCCCCCACACUCACUCAUGCUCGCCUUGCUGCUGCGCACCCCCUACCUCCUGCACCUUCCUCCCCCCUGCAUGCUUCCUCCGCCUGCGCCGCUACCCUCCACAUACGCCUCUCCCUUUCCCCGUCCUCCCAGGGGGCCACACGGCGGAGAUGCUGUGUGUGGUGGGCGCCCUGGACCACACACAUACGUGUUCACCCUCCCUGCUCCUUCCACAAUUACUCCCUUCCGCCCCGCGCCCCUGCCUUUCCUCCGCCCCCUCAGGCGGCCACACGGCGGAGAUGAUGUGUCUGGUGAGCGCCCUGGACAGUGGGCGCUACAGCCCGCGCUGCUACAUCUGUUCCCAUCAGCCUGCCAAUUCGCGCCUCUCUUCCCUCCCCUCCCCCCCCUCCCCCAGCGGCCCACACAGCGGAGAUGCUGUGUCUUGGGGCCACACGGCGGAGAUGCUGUGUCUGGUGGGUGCGCUGGACCACGGGCGCUACAGCCCGCGCUGCUACAUCGCUGCUGCCACCGACGCCAUCAGCCUGCCCAAGGCACGCCAGCUAGAGCAAGCCCUCGCACAGGAAGCGCCUGCUCCCGCCUUGCCUGUCCCGCCCCCCUCGUACCUAUCGGUGUAUCGGAGUCGAGAGGUGGGGCAGUCAUACCUCACCUCAGUGCUCACCACCAUCGCCGCCACGCUGCACGCCAUGCUGCUUGUGGCGCGUGUCAGACCCCAACUGCUGCUCUGCAACGGGCCGGGCACCUGCCUGCCAAUCUGCAUCGCCGUUUUCACACUGCAUGUGCUGGGAGUGCAGAGCAGCAGCAUCGUGUUUGUGGAGAGUGUAGCACGAGUGGACCACCUGUCGCUCACAGGCCGCCUGCUGCACCGCCUGGGCAUCGUGGACCGGUUCUUCGUGCAGUGGCCGCACCUCACCACCUCAUGCAAGGGCACCCACUAUGUGGGCCGCCUCAUGUGA